AUGUGCGAAUUAGGAAUUAUCCCUUUCCAAGAAGAAUUAGGAAUAUAUUUUUGUCAGUGUACAAGUUGUUCUGCUUCAAAAAGAUAUAGAUCAUAUAUCGUUAGGUUUUUCGUAGCAGGUUUUUUUAUUCCGUUGUUCUGGUUUAUAAUAAUAGGAUUGUGCAUUUAUAUACAUUUAUGGCACUACAAUGAUGUGAUGUUCCCAACGGUUGCCGAUAAUGAAUUACCUACUCAAUUUGAAAUGGAAAGAGAUAUGGAACGUCAGAUUGUCACCAUAACUAAAGGAAAAAAUAACACAUAUCAUGUUGUAAGUCAGAAAUGUGAUACCAAGACUGCAGAAGAUAUUUGUGAUGUUGUUACGACUGUCGAAAAUGAUGCCUCUUUUGACUUGUUAAAGCUUCUUCAUUAUCACCAUUACAAAAUGAUGGCAGAACACGUCAUUGAAUCUCAUGAUUAUUGGAAAAAGUGUUAUUUAAAAUGGUCUCUAAGGGCAGGGGCGUGUAUUAUAGGUAAUACUGCCUUAGUCAUGACUUUUUUUGCAACAACUUCAAGUUAUAAUAUCAAUAAAAGUCAAAUGAAUAUUGCUGGAUAA